AUGGAGCUGAGUUGGCAGCAGAUGGUAACAGAGCUACAUACCUUCUCCAAGAACAGUGUACAAGACACAGGGGGUGGCGACACCAAUCCUUGGUGGAGGGUGGAUCUACUGACUGUGUAUACCAUCACAUCUGUCAGAAUACUCAACAGAGGAAUAGACGCAGGAGGAGACCGACUUCGGGAGGUAACCGUCACUGUAGGGCUGAUCGAAUUUGAUGUGAACACUCCUUGUGGUUUUUUUGCUGGUCCCGGUACCGCGUCACAGCUGGUCGUCAUCGAUUGUACGACAUUACCACGGAAAAGAUUCGUAAAGAUCUCCAAGACAACUGAGGCCCUCACUCUAUGUGAAGUUGACGUGUUUGGAUUCUCCGUCUAAUUAAUAUCAUAGAUAAAUUCUUGUCUUAAACGAUACCGUAUAAUGCUAAAUCUUUGCGCGUUCCCAUCCUUUCAGGUUUACUCCUUAUAUAUAUGUGAGAGAUCUUACUGAUACUUCUUGGAGUUGCACAUUAAACUAUAUGUGAUAUAUCUAUAACACUGCAUGCAUGGUUUUUAUGAACUUUUAUAUUGAGUUUCUCUUAUUAAAAAUACCUAAUCAGAACGGAUUGGGUUUUAUCCUGUUUUAUAACAGUUGAG